AUGGGCAAGAAGUGGAGGGACGCAGGCGAGAUGGAGCGAGGCUGCUCUGACCGAGAGGACAGCGCGGAGAGCCGCCGGCGCAGCCGCAGCGCCAGCCGGGGCAGGUUUGCCGAGUCGUGGAAAAGGUUAAGUUCCAAGCAGGGGUCCACCAAGCGCUCGGGACUGCCUGCACAGCAGACACCGGCUCAGAAAUCCUGGAUUGAAAGAGCAUUUUAUAAAAGAGAAUGUGUCCACAUCAUACCCAGCACCAAAGACCCCCAUAGGUGUUGCUGUGGGCGCCUCAUAGGCCAGCAUGUCGGACUCACUCCCAGCAUCUCUGUGCUUCAGAAUGAGAAAAAUGAGAGUCGCCUCUCCCGAAAUGACAUCCAGUCUGAGAAGUGGUCUAUCAGCAAACACACUCAGCUCAGCCCAACAGAUGCUUUUGGGACCAUUGAGUUCCAAGGAGGCGGCCAUUCCAACAAAGCCAUGUAUGUUCGAGUAUCUUUUGAUACGAAACCUGAUCUCUUGCUACACCUGAUGACCAAGGAAUGGCAACUGGAGCUUCCCAAACUUCUCAUUUCUGUGCACGGAGGGCUGCAGAACUUUGAACUCCAGCCCAAACUCAAGCAAGUCUUCGGGAAAGGGCUCAUCAAGGCAGCCAUGACAACUGGAGCAUGGAUCUUCACUGGAGGGGUCAACACAGGUGUCAUUCGUCAUGUCGGAGAUGCCUUGAAAGACCAUGCAUCUAAGUCUCGAGGGAAGAUAUGUACCAUAGGUAUCGCUCCUUGGGGAAUUGUGGAAAACCAGGAAGACCUGAUUGGAAGAGAUGUAGUCCGACCAUACCAGACCAUGUCCAACCCGAUGAGCAAGCUCACGGUUCUCAAUAGCAUGCACUCCCAUUUCAUCCUGGCUGACAAUGGGACCACAGGAAAAUACGGAGCAGAGGUGAAACUCCGAAGACAACUGGAAAAGCACAUUUCACUCCAGAAGAUAAACACAAGAAUCGGUCAAGGGGUUCCAGUGGUGGCUCUCAUCGUGGAAGGAGGACCCAAUGUGAUCUCAAUUGUUCUGGAAUACCUUCGAGACACCCCUCCUGUACCAGUCGUGGUCUGUGAUGGGAGUGGACGGGCAUCUGACAUCCUGGCAUUUGGACAUAAAUAUUCAGAAGAAGGAGGACUUAUCAAUGAAUCUUUGAGGGACCAGCUGUUGGUGACAAUACAGAAGACCUUCACAUACACUCGUACCCAAGCUCAGCACCUGUUCAUCAUCCUCAUGGAGUGUAUGAAGAAGAAGGAACUGAUUACAGUGUUUCGAAUGGGAUCAGAAGGCCACCAGGACAUUGAUUUAGCUAUCCUGACAGCAUUGCUCAAAGGCGCCAAUGCAUCCGCCCCAGACCAGCUGAGCUUAGCUUUAGCCUGGAACAGAGUUGACAUCGCUCGCAGCCAGAUCUUUAUUUACGGGCAGCAGUGGCCGGUAGGGUCCCUGGAGCAAGCCAUGCUGGAUGCCCUAGUCCUGGACAGAGUGGACUUUGUGAAAUUACUCAUAGAAAAUGGAGUAAGCAUGCACCGUUUUCUCACCAUCUCCAGACUAGAGGAGCUGUACAAUACGAGACAUGGGCCUUCAAAUACAUUGUACCACUUGGUCAGGGAUGUCAAAAAGGGAAACCUGCCCCCAGACUACAGAAUCAGCCUGAUAGACAUUGGCCUGGUGAUCGAGUACCUGAUGGGCGGGGCUUACCGCUGCAACUACACGCGCAAGCGCUUUCGGACCCUCUAUCACAAUCUCUUUGGCCCCAAAAGGCCCAAAGCCUUGAAACUGCUGGGAAUGGAGGAUGAUAUUCCCUUGAGGAGAGGAAGGAAGACAACUAAGAAGCGGGAGGAAGAGGUGGACAUAGACUUGGAUGACCCUGAGAUCAACCAUUUCCCAUUCCCUUUCCAUGAGCUGAUGGUGUGGGCAGUCCUCAUGAAGAGGCAGAAGAUGGCCCUGUUCUUCUGGCAGCAUGGAGAGGAGGCCAUGGCCAAAGCCCUGGUGGCCUGCAAGCUUUGCAAAGCCAUGGCUCACGAGGCUUCUGAGAAUGACAUGGUUGAUGACAUUUCCCAGGAGCUGAACCAUAACUCCAGGGACUUUGGCCAGCUGGCUGUGGAGCUCUUGGACCAGUCCUACAAGCAGGAUGAGCAGCUGGCCAUGAAACUGCUGACGUAUGAGCUGAAGAACUGGAGCAAUGCCACAUGCCUGCAGCUGGCUGUGGCCGCCAAGCACCGUGACUUCAUUGCACACACGUGCAGCCAGAUGUUGCUUACUGAUAUGUGGAUGGGACGGCUCCGCAUGCGAAAGAACUCAGGCCUCAAGGUAAUUCUGGGAAUUCUACUUCCUCCUUCAAUUCUCAGCUUGGAGUUCAAGAACAAAGAUGACAUGCCCUAUAUGACUCAGGCCCAAGAAAUUCAUCUCCAAGAGAAGGAGCCUGAGGAGCCAGAGAAGCCCACAAAGGAAAAAGAUGAAGAGGACAUGGAACUAACGGCAAUGCUGGGGCGAAGCAAUGGGGAGUCAUCCAGAAAGAAAGAUGAAGAAGAAGUUCAAAGCAGGCACCGACUAAUCCCCGUGGGCCGAAAAAUCUAUGAGUUCUACAACGCACCCAUCGUGAAGUUCUGGUUCUACACUCUGGCAUAUAUUGGAUACCUGAUGCUCUUCAAUUACAUCGUGUUAGUGAAGAUGGAACGCUGGCCUUCCACUCAGGAAUGGAUUGUCAUCUCCUACAUUUUCACUCUGGGAAUAGAGAAGAUGAGAGAGAUUCUGAUGUCAGAGCCAGGCAAGCUGCUGCAGAAGGUGAAGGUGUGGCUUCAGGAGUAUUGGAAUGUCACAGACCUCAUUGCCAUCCUUCUCUUCUCGGUGGGAAUGAUCCUUCGUCUUCAAGACCAGCCCUUCAGGAGUGACGGGAGGGUCAUCUACUGUGUGAACAUCAUCUAUUGGUAUAUCCGUUUGCUAGACAUCUUCGGCGUGAACAAGUAUCUGGGCCCAUAUGUAAUGAUGAUUGGGAAAAUGAUGAUAGACAUGAUGUACUUUGUCAUCAUUAUGCUGGUGGUGCUGAUGAGCUUUGGGGUCGCCAGGCAAGCCAUUCUCUUUCCCAAUGAGGAGCCAUCUUGGAAACUGGCCAAGAAUAUCUUCUACAUGCCUUAUUGGAUGAUUUAUGGGGAAGUGUUUGCUGACCAGAUAGACCGUAAGCAAGUUUAUGAUUCUCAUACACCAAAGUCAGCUCCCUGUGGACAGAACGAGACUCGAGAAGAUGGCAAGACAAUCCAGCUGCCCCCAUGCAAGACAGGAGCAUGGAUUGUGCCGGCCAUCAUGGCCUGCUACCUCUUGGUGGCAAACAUCCUUCUGGUCAACCUUCUUAUUGCUGUCUUCAACAAUACAUUUUUUGAGGUCAAGUCGAUAUCCAACCAAGUAUGGAAAUUUCAGAGGUACCAGCUCAUCAUGACUUUCCACGAGAGGCCGGUUCUGCCCCCACCACUCAUCAUCUUCAGUCACAUGACCAUGAUAUUCCAGCACGUGUGCUGCCGGUGGAGGAAGCAUGAGAGUGACCCGGAUGAAAGGGACUACGGCCUGAAACUCUUCAUAACUGAUGACGAGCUCAAGAAAGUCCAUGAUUUUGAAGAGCAAUGCAUAGAGGAAUAUUUCAGAGAGAAGGACGAUCGCUUCAAUUCAUCCAAUGAUGAGAGGAUACGGGUAACAUCAGAAAGGGUGGAGAACAUGUCCAUGAGGCUGGAAGAAGUUAACGAGAGAGAACAUUCCAUGAAGGCGUCCCUCCAGACUGUGGAUAUCCGACUAGCACAGCUGGAGGACCUCAUCGGGCGCAUGGCCACAGCCCUGGAGCGCCUGACAGGUCUGGAGCGGGCAGAGUCUAACAAAAUCCGCUCAAGGACCUCCUCAGACUGCACAGAUGCAGCCUACAUCGUCCGCCAGAGCAGCUUCAACAGCCAGGAAGGGAACACCUUCAAACUUCAAGAGAGUAUAGACCCUGCAGGUGAGGAGACCAUGUCCCCAACUUCUCCAACCUUAAUGCCCCGUAUGCGAAGCCAUUCUUUCUAUUCAGUCAAUGUGAAAGACAAAGGUGGUAUAGAAAAGUUGGAAAGCAUUUUCAAAGAAAGGUCCCUGAGCUUACACCGAGCUACUAGCUCCCACUCAGUAGCAAAAGAACCCAAAGCUCCUACAGCCCCUGCAAACACCUUGGCCAUUGUUCCUGACUCCAGAAGACCAUCAUCAUGCAUAGAUAUCUAUGUCUCUGCCAUGGAUGAGCUCCACUGUGAUAUAGACCCUCUGGAUAAUUCCAUGAACAUCCUUGGGCUGGGCGAGCCAAGCUUUUCAGCUCUAGCACCUUCCACAGCCCCUUCAAGUAGUGCCUAUGCAACCCUUGCACCUACAGACCGACCUCCAAGCAGGAGCAUUGAUUUUGAAGACCUCACCUCCAUGGACACUAGAUCUUUUUCCUCAGAUUAUACCCACCUCCCAGAAAGCCAAAACCCCUGGGACACAGACCCUCCAAUGUACCAUACCAUCGAACGGUCCAAGAGUAGCCGCUACCUAGCCACCACACCCUUUCUUCUGGAAGAGGCCCCCAUUGUAAAAUCCCAUAGCUUUAUGUUUUCUCCUUCAAGGAGUUACUACGCCAACUUUGGGGUGCCUGUGAAAACAGCAGAAUACACAAGUAUUACAGACUGUAUCGACACAAGAUGUGUCAAUGCCCCCCAAGCAAUAGCUGACAGAGCCACCUUCCCCGGAGGUCUCAGAGACAAAGUGGAAGACUUAUCUUGUUGCCACCCUGAGCGAGAAGCCGAGCUGAGCCAUCCUAGCUCUGACAGUGAGGAAAAUGAGGCCAGAGGCCGAAGAGCUGCCAAUCCAGUAUCCUCUCAGGAGGAUGAAAAUGCAGACAGAACCCAAUCCAACAGCAUCACAGUUCCCAAGAUAGAGCGCGCCAACAGCUACUCAGCAGAGGAGCCAAGCGUGCCAUAUGCACAUACCAGAAAGAGCUUCUCCAUCAGUGACAAGCUUGAUAGACAGAGGAACACGGCAAGCCUACGAAAUCCCUUCCAGAGAAGUAAGACCUCCAAGCCUGAGGGCCGAGGGGACAGCCUAUCCAUGAGGAGACUGUCUAGAACAUCGGCUUUUCAUAGCUUUGAAAGCAAGCACAACUAAACCGUCUUACCAUGUGUUGCAGGAGGCUCGAGAAUCCAGCACUAAAAUUCUCCCCAAUCCCCACCACGUUCCCCCUUCCUUGAGUUAGACCUGCUUUAUUCUUAGCUGAGCAAAACAAUGGGAGACAUUAACUCAAAAGGUAACCUCUGGGCCACAGGUCAAGCAAGCAUUCCAUCUGGCCCAGUGCAAAACACAGGGGUUAAGGCAUGUUCCAAUCUGUUGGGUAGGGAGGGGUAAAGACAACAGACAGGGGCUAGAGAUGAAUGGGUGUCGCCAGGCACCACAGAAAACCAUGAGCUCUGGGGAGCCAAUGGGCUUCAGCACUCUCCAUGCCAACAGGCAUCAUGGGAUUUCAGCCCUGUUAUCAAGAGUCGAGGGCUAAAUUGCAAAAUGAAAUAAGGGUAGCCAGCGUACAAGAUGAGAUAUUCUAAACUUCCAUUCUGUUUUCUUUUUACAUUGGUUCCAUCACUGGUGACUGAUGAAGAACAUCCUUUUUAUUCAGUAUAAGCCGGCAGCAAGCAGUUCUACCUAACGUCCCACAUCCUUCUCAUGCCAACACUUCUGUAAUUGGUCAUUAUAAAGAAAACCAAGGUAACAGUCAUAUGUACAGUUCACCUGUCUCUUAUCUAUUCACUUCUGGUGCCCACUGUUUAUCUCUUUAGAAGAAAAUAAGGGAACAGAAAAAUGCCUUUUUUUUUUGUCUUGCGAUCAAAAUGAAAGAAGAAUUGAUGUUGAAAGCGAAAAAUCAUAUGAUUUAUAAUAUACCACGGGCAAUCAAAUAUAGUCAAGAAAGCUCAGGAUGAAUGUACUUAGAUAAUUUUAUAUUUUUAAGUUAUUUUGUAUCUCACCUGUCAUCAAAGAGUUCACUCGUCAAAUAUGUGAUACUGAACUUUAAGAAAAAGGUGGGAAGACCUAACAUUAGGUUGCCAGUGGGAUGUUGUUAUAGUCUCACCGCUCAUAGUGUGUGACGCUGCUGUGUGGGUCUUCAUCAUCUGCAUGUCUCCACUAUGUCCUCCAGACACCUCCAAGAUGUAACUGCCAAAUUUCCACACCGCUCAUCAUGUGACCAUUUUGUAUUUGAACACAUGGUUAUAUGUGGAUAUUUUCAUACCUAGAGUUUAGCCAUCUAAUCUGGGCUCAGCAUAAAUUUAAUCAGAGUUUUUUCAAGGGCUGGUAUCUUUUUUAUGGAAAUGUUCCAAAGUACUUUUUAAGGAAGUUUAAAAACCAUAGAUAAUCUUAGAUUUGACUAGGGGCUUGAUAUCAACCCAAACCCAUCAGUUGCAGGCAGGCCAUGAAUAUGUUUCAUAUUUACGAAGCUAUAAAAAAGAUACAGUAGGGUCAAAAUAGAAAGCAAAUAUACCAUAUACAGAGUUCUAUAGUUUAUGCUGCUUACAUACACAUCCACACACAGACCCAUGUUUAUAUACAGUAUAUAUACAGACACAUAGAGAUUUCUUAAAAGGCAUUGACUACCUAUCAUCUGACGAUAUAACCAAGAUUAUUUUUUAGUGUCCAAGAAGUUUCACUGGAAAAAGUUUAUUGUGCUAUUGGACCCACUGUUAAAAUUAUAAUUUUCAAAAAAAAUACCUCCAGUCUUCACCUGUUUUUACAUUGAACAAGAACUGUCAAAAUGGUCU